UCGCGCAUCCGUGAUAUCCGUGCGUUGCGUUUUUCUCUAUCUCGCUUCUAUACUUCAUCUCUUCUCUUCUCUGUCCUUUUUACUAGCCCUACAGUGCCCUGAACUGAUCAGUAAGCAAGAGAUUCUCUUGCUGCGACAGUCGUUUGUCUCGCCUCACUACCUCCGAGUCAUCGUCGUUGCAGUCACGAUUUCUACCUAUACCUAUAGUCCUUAAAAACGACGUAUAGAUCUUGAUAUAAAACAAGAGGAAGCUUCGCGAGUGUUGUCCUUACCCACAAGUGCGCGAACAAUUACAUAUAGUGUGCCAACCAUUGUUUAAAAAACAGCUAACAGGAGGACGGCAGCAGAAGUACAGGGGGAAGCGAAGGAACUUUUUGUUCCUUGCUUUUGGAUUUGAGAAGAGAAAAGAAAGAAAUAGGUACAACAAGGAUCAGGAGCCAGGUGCAGUGCAGGUUGCAAAGAGAGGAGCGACAAGAAGAUACAUUAUAGCCUACUCGGUGGGGCGAGUUGUAUUUGUAUAAAGGAAAAAUAACAAGUUUUGCAAGGUAGGCUGCAGCAGCGCGGCAGACGUCAUGUUCUCCGGGCUGACGAACCAGGUGUCCAACUGGAUGGGCAAAAAGGCCGAGGACGGGAGCGAACUACCGGCCGAUCAACAGCAGCAGCCUCCAACUGUAGAAAAUGCUGCCGAAGGGGUUGACCCUGCUGGAAGCGGUGGCGUCGGCAGCAAGCUGGAGAUGCUGGCGGGGGUGAAGUCGCAGGUGGCCUCGUCGAUGAGCGGCUGGCUGAGCGGCGGCAUACCCGGUCUGAACCGCGGGGCCGGGGGUGCGGCCGGCGAGGAUCAGAUGGCGGAAGGUGUCGGCGCGGAGGGGCCCGCUGUGGGAACGACGGCGGGGGAUCAGGCGACGUCUUCUGGCGACGGCGCGACAGAUAACGUAAAAGACGAUGACGCUAGCAGGUGGGUCGCAGGCGCGACCGGCGGCGCUGACAGCGGACCUGGAAGUCUCGGCGGCACACCGACCGAGGAAGGACAGCAGCCCUUCGGUGCUGUGUCGACAAAGGCCCUGGCCGGCGCCAAGAGCCUGGGCGGCUUCCUCUACAGCGCGGUAAACAAGGCCGGGAAAUCCGUCGCCGAGGCUGGCGCUAAAAUCAAGAAGACCGUCGAAGAAAACAAACAACCGGCUCUCGAUGCGAUGUCGCAGGUGGUGAACAAUCAGAUACGAAUGGAAGAGGACAUUCGCGAGAGACUGAUAGCCGAGCUGAACAAGGAGCAGGAGGCGUUCAUCGCGGGCAAGCCGGGCGAGAAGGGCGAGGCGGUCGCCCCGUGGAUCGGCGCGCCCAACGAGGAUGCCCUGCGCGAGGAGUGCCUGGCGCUCUCGACCGAUCGGCGUAACUUUGUGAGAGCACCGCCACCGGGUGUCGAUUUCCCCUGGGAUUUCGAGGCCGUGCAGCCAAUGGCGCAAGCAACCCUAGCCCUCGACCCCAACCUCGAGACCAUGAGGUUCGAGCUCGUACCCAAAGUAAUAUCCGAGGAGAACUUUUGGCGCAACUACUUCUACCGGGUGUCACUGCUCCGUCAGAGCCACGAGAUGAACGCGAUGGCCAGCGAGUCGACGGAAAGCAAUCCUGGCCAGUUCGCGUCGAGCGACAGCGUUGAGCAGACCCAAGUAGUAGGGUCAUCCGGCGAGACGAUAAAGGACGGCCCCGGAGCGUCAUCAGCCUCGGCGAGCAAGACGAGCCAAGCGAAGGACGAGUCGGGCGCAAAAGAUGGGCUCGAGGAGGGCGUGAAAAAUCUCGGGAUCCAGUCGCGGAACAAAGAAGAGGAAUGGGAGCGCGAGCUAGAGGCCGAACUGAAGGACUACGAGGUGGUGCCAGGCAGUCAGGAUUCAAAAUCAAAGGACGACUGGGAGGACGAGGGUCAAAUCGACGAUUUCCUCAACGAGGACCUCAAGUGAACGAAUUAAUCCUCUGUCGAAAAUCCACCGACACAUACACACGUUAACGAUAAUAGCUUACUGUUAUUUUUCAAAGAGUACGCGGGAAAGAAAAAUAAAUAAAUAUCGAGCCAAGGGUAAGGGUAUAAUUAUGUGAGCGCACUUUUACCUUUUUUAGCUUUUCAAUCGAGGGUUGCUUCAACGAGUGAUUUUUAGAGAGUAUAUUGCGACCGAGGGUUGCUUGCGAAAGAGCUUGGCUCAUAGUAUUGCAUCCAUCGUUACAUGUUUACUGUAUAAAGAGGCUGUUUUAUUUUUCAAGUUAAAGAAAUUCUAUAAACAUCUCGAAAAAAUUGCAUUGUCAUCAAAAGACGUUCUUGUUCUGACUUUUUAUUUUUUAAUUUUACGUAUCUGUGCGUUGCUGAAAAUCUUUAAAAUAAAUAAAUCAAUAAAAGUCAUCAAACAUUGUAUAUACGCUUUGUUAUAGUUCUGUGGGUAAAGAAGAACUAAGAAUUGAAAGAAAAAAUCGUCUUAUAAAAAAAAAAAAAAGAUAAU